AUGUCUUAUCAAAAAGACUUACUGAGGCCGGCUGUUGUCAUUGACAAUGGGUCUGGAUCAUGCAAAGCUGGGAUCUCAGGUGAAGUAGAACCACAGUUGACUGUCACAUCAGUCGUCGGCCACCUUAAAGAUAAAGCAGAGGAGUGCUACAUUGGAAGGAAAGCUUUCUCCAAGAAACGUAGCUUGGUUUUGAAUUAUCCCAUUGAGCAUGGCACAAUUGUUCAUUGGGAUGACAUGGAGAAUCUGUGGAGACAUAUCUACAAAAACGAGCUUAAAAUAAAAUCCAGUGAGAGGCCAGUGCUUCUCUCAGAGCCACCGCUGAACCCUCUUCGGACGCGAGAAAUAAUGACAGAGUUGAUGUUUGAACACUUUAAGGUACCUGCUUUGUAUCUUAACAUCCAAGCGACUUUGGCUCUUUACGCAUCAGCACGGACCACUGGCUUGGUGAUGGACAGUGGAGAUGGGGUAACUCACACUGUCCCCAUCUGUGAUGGCUACUGCCUACCUCACGGGGUAUCCAGACUUGAUGUUGCAGGAAAAGACAUUACCAAAUAUCUCACCAGUCUCCUUUUAGACAAAAGUAGUUCGUCUGUCAGCGGAACCAACAAGACCAUGGUGAAUGGCAUUAAGGAGAAGUUCUGCUACGUGGCUUUGGACCCCAAACAAGAACUGGAGAAGAAAACGGAGGAGAUCUUGAAGCUGCCCGAUGGAAACAGUAUAAAAAUCCAUCUCCAGUUUUGCAAGGCACCUGAAAUCCUUUUUGCACCAAAGACCAUAGGAGUCGAGGCACCAGGCCUUCAUACAAUGAUUACCAACAGUAUCAGAAAGUGUGACAAGGAUAUUCACAGGGCUCUGUAUGGGAACUUGGUUCUCUCAGGGGGGACUUCUCUUUUUCGAGGACUGGACGAGAGGGUUUUUAAAGAGAUAGAAUCCCAAAUUCCAAACAGAGUUCCCGUGCGGAUCAUUGCACCCCCAGAGAGAUUGUGUGCUUCUUGGUUAGGAGGCUCAAUUAUAACCUCGUUGUUCUCCUUUCUACCAAUGUGGUUUACCCUCGAGAGUUAUCAAGAAUAUGGUGCGGCUGCAGUCCAUCGCAAAUUCUUUUAG